AUGUCUUCUGAGGAUGCUCGAUCGCCAUCUCCUUUUAAAUCACCCACAGCAAGUCUCACAGACGUUUUCAAAACACUAGGCGUCGUUCGUCCUAAAUCGCUAUCGCCCGUUUCCCCCGAGAGCUACAGCGAUUCGUUGUCGCCCGCAGCGGAUGGCCGAAAACUCACCCGUUCUGUCUUCGGAUUCGACUCAAUGCAUCGAGGAAGUGUCGUGUCUAGUUCCUCGGACACUCCGAGUGGUCCCGAUUUUGAGACGUCGCUUAGGGCUCUAGGCCAGAGCCAGAACCUGGGGCAUGCCAUUGACGAGGCGGAGCUGGUUGCAAGGGCGCUUCAACGGUUUACUUCGGAACAGGCGGUUGCAUUGUGGGAGGCUGGUUCUCACCUUCUUCAUCAUGAAGGUUCUUCGGAGGCUAGAAAGAGUGGUUCCCGGUUGAUCGAAGCCAUUGCAGCGCGUCAGGACUUGCCUCCGACAGCGAGACGCUCCGUCUUCGAGUCUAUAUCUCUGGCAUCUGAACCCGACGUCAUACCUUCCCGUGUCCGCGCGUUGAUUUCUCUUUCAGACCAUGGCCGGAAACUGGAUUUCAGCACUUCGUCAAUCCUCCCGAUGAUUUCAUCUUGCAUAGUGCCGCUCUACGAAUUGAUCUCAUCCGCACGAUUGAAAGCAAGGAAGGCAAAAGUGGCGAAGGUAAACGGACUUGGUUAUGACGAUGCGGACCUGGAUGAUCUGCUACAAUUUGCCGUGGACUUAAUCACACUCCAGCGGAAACCUCCGAGCAUUGAUGAGCUUGAAGAUUUUCUUUCGCAGAUUUUUACUAUUUGCAAGAAGACCAGUGUCGCUGCUGAUAUCAAAAACUCUCUCGCCGUUUUCGAUUCCAUCAUCCUUUAUUCUGAUGUGCCAGACGGAAGUUUCGUCCCUAUGCUAGAAGUUCUCUGCAGUAUCCAUGCGUCUGUCAAAUCGUUAUCCGGUCCCACCUCAAGAGCAGUCCGGAACUUGGCAAAGUCGCGCCGGCAAAUGGAAAUGGUCAAUGCUCUCUAUUCGUUCUUGUUGGGAUCGUCUGAAGAGCAGAGUCGAAACCUCAAUGUCCUUCGUGGAACGAUAUAUGUAUUGGCUGACCUUAUCCGUGCCCAUGGUCAGGAUGGAAUACCGCAGCUUGAAUUCGAGCCGUUGAUAGAUUCACUGCAUGUUGUCAUUAACAAAGAUGAUGGUCGUCUUGAAGCCGAUAUCCUAGAGUUGUCUCUGAACAUCUUAGAUGGGGAGUAUGCUCAGGUGGCUUUGGAACAUAGCUGGUCAGGCUUUGUCAAUAUCCUUGAAUUGUGCUCGCGUAGGGCUAUUGAGGAACCGGAAGAGGCUGUCGAAAAGGGCGCCACUCCAGAUGAGACGAGGUCCAACAUCCAGGCGAACGUCAUCCAAAUCGCGUCGUUGAUCGAAACUCUUUGGGAUCGCUUAGACCAACAGCAAAAAAUGGAUGCUGGUCGAUUCCUAAUGAUUGUCUCCGAGCAUAUCGAGCCGUCCCAGGCAGACUUGAUUCUCGAUGCGAUCAGGACAGAACGACUUUGCUUCCCGGAGAACGAUGACUGCGUCAAGCACUGUCAGAAACUGAUCAAUUCUUUCAUUCGAUCGCACAACAAACCAUCCGACGUUCGCAUCUUAGCUCUAGAUACGUUGAAAGAGGCCUUCCAGAGCUAUGAGUCUCUUCAAUUUUUUCAAGAGCAGGGGCUUCUCGAUCUCAUGCUUGAAGACUUCUCCGACGAAACUGAUGUUUUGCUCUUGGAAUCGCUGGUUUCCUUCGUUGUUGAUGUUUCCACUUCUGCUACCGAUGACGACACAUUCAAGAAGAUGGUUGACACCGUCAGCUCGCCCAUGAAAAAUGACAUCGUCAAAGACGAACCUCACGACAGUGAAGUAUCGAGUCCGAGUUCUCUGCAGAAUCCCUCCUCUGCCAAUGCGAUGGAACCCUCGUUGGGAAACGUCUGCUCCGUUGGUCUAGUCAAAAUGUUUCUUCGCUCACUGAAUUUGUCAGCACAAAAAGCGGUAUCAGUCUUCGAGGCUCUUUUAGAGAUUGCACAAUCGCCAGAGCGCCCGUCUGAUGCUCGCCUCACUGUGCUGAAGUUGCUUUUCAGACUUCGCUGCGAUUCUGCCGGUUCCAUCACAGUCAUAUCAGUGUCUGAGAAUGACUUUUUGGUGAACGUAUUGGGCCGGACAGCCGAGUCAGGUCCCAUGUUGCAGCAGCCUUUGGCAGGGUCUCCAGGAAUGCCUGGUGUAGAAGAUCCGGCCCUUGUUCGCAAGCAUUCGUUCAAGGAACCUACUUUGAACACGCCCUCCAAGUCUACGGGACGUGGUGUAAGCACCCAUGUCCGAGCAUCAAAGCUCACACCUCCAGUUUGGACGUACGCUUCACCUCAAGUGCUCCCUGAAGAACCUCCACAAGCUUCAAGUCCUUUUGUCUAUGCGUAUGCUCAGGAAGUGGCACAGGCGGAAGCGGAAAUGGCGCAGAAAAUUUCGAUCAAGGCCAACAUGUGGCUGGAAACUGUCAUUUCCCUUCUCCAGCGCGAGACGGAUUGGAAUGUCUAUAGCUAUGUCCUCGCUCAUUUGGGACACCAGCUCAGCAACAGGGAUCUUUUCAAGAAUGCCGUUCCGCAGAUCAAACUACUCCGCAGCGUGAUGUGCGAUCAAGUUAAGAACGAAACAUUCCAUGAACCUCCGGGCUCUACUGGGGUCAAAAAGACCGACGUUGCUGCGUGUAUAUUCGAAUGCCUCACUACGCUUGUCAGUUACCAUGAGCACUUUGCCAAGAGUGAGCAAGAUGAACUUGUUCGUUCGUUUAUGCUUGGUAUCAUCGGCUCCUGGGGAGGCACUUCGCGUGGAUGUAUCCACGCACUCUCAAUUUGUUGCUUCGAGAUCCCGCUGUCGGUAACAAAGUCUCUCAACGGCAUUCUUGACAAGAUGGCCAAGGUCAUCACAAUGUCAAAUCUUGCCGUUCAUAUCCUGGAGUUCCUGUCGUUGCUUGCAAGAUUACCCGAAGUCUACAUCAAUCUGCGGGAAGAGGAGAUCCGAACUGUUUUUGGCAUCUGUAUUCGAUUCCUGCAAACAUCCAGGGAGCAGCGAUUGAGAGCCUCAGAUUCGCCUACCGCACGGACCCAAACUCCUGGGAAGGUUGGGGAAGCGGAGUCAAACGUGCAGGAUGCGAUGUCAACAUACAUUUACACCCUCACGCACCAUUGCAUGGUGUUCUGGUUCCUAUCAUUGAAGCUGAUGGAUCGGGCUAAGCACGUCAACUGGAUCACAAGCAGACUCAUAUUCAAGGACGAAACAGAGAAGGAGACAGUCGAGGAGGCAAGCCAGGUGUUCAUCGAUUUGAUGCAGAGAUCUUCUUUUUCCGAUCUUGGAGAUACUAUACCUUACGCGGAAUUCCCUCCGUCCUCUGAACACGGAUCUGUGAUCAAGAAAUCUUGGGUCGUUGGAAUGAGUAUCAUCACAGUUGAAACGGCCGUGGUGUCUGGACUGUCGCAGAUUACGAAACGGCAGGCUUCGGGUACAACCUAUGCAAUGUACCAGCAGCGAACGGCACCCGUUCUUCCACACCAGGUUACCCCGACGCAUGAUGCUCAUCUACAACCAGACGACAUGCGGACGGCCAUUCUCCCUAGUCACAUUCUGCUCCAGUUCACGACGACAGCAUUCCCCACACCUACAGUGAUGCAGCCGAUUCCUCUCCCAGACGACGAUAUCACGCGUCGUGCACUCGGCAUGUUUGACCGUAACGACAUCGUUGACGGCCACAAAAUUGGUGUACUAUACAUCGACCAAGGGCAAAGAACAGAAGCGGAAAUCCUCUCCAACACAGGUGGUAGCGCUGACUACGAUUAUUUCCUAUCGGGCCUCGGAACCAAAGUCCUCCUCCAAAGCGCGCAAUUCAAUACACAAGGUCUCUACCCGGACGUAGAUGGCAAAUCCACAUACGCCUGGCGCGACCGGGUGACGGAAAUUGUCUACCAUGUCGCGACAAUGAUGCCAACCGACUUCGACGGCGACCCCAACUGCAUCAACAAGAAGCGACACAUUGGAAAUGACUACGUUAACAUUGUCUUCAACCGCUCCGACGACUCCUUCAGCUUUGACACAAUCCCCUCCCAGUUCAACUUUAUCAACAUCGUCAUUAGCCCCGUUUCCCGUGUUGCCAGCGACCAAACAUCUCCACAAGAGGAGUCCGACCUUGAACGCCUUUGCUAUCAAGUCAGGGUAAUCAGCAAACCCGGCAUCCCCGAAAUCUCCUGCGCUGGAACACCUAAGGUCGUUUCGGGCAAGAACCUUGCCGCCUUCGUCCGCAUCCUCGCCCUGAACGCCUCCGUCUUCUCUCUUGUCUGGAACAGCCAGGGCGGCGAAUAUAUUUCCUCGUGGCGGAAUCGGCUACGCGAGAUUAAGAGACUCCGUGAAAGGGCACUGGGAAUGCAAUCCCAGUCCACCGAUGCGGAGGGAACCUACCCGGCAGCCUCUGCUAGUCGACGGAACACGAAAGCUACGAUUCUGUCUGAGGAGUUACCGGCAAGAGGAACCUCUAUCAAGACGGACUUUGGCAGCGAGUGGAACGCAGCUGCGGAGGGCGGUACUCUCCAGAACCUGGACUUCUCCAGAUGGAGUCGAUGA